AUGAAACAAGGAAUAAUCAGAAUAAUAAUAAGAAGUAGUAGUAAUUAUAAUCACAAUUCAUACCACAGUUCAAAUAAAUCGUUCCAGAAAAUCGCCUGCAAGCUGGGAAGAAUGUAUGUGAAUGGCAAAGUCAUGCUCGAUGUUGAUUACAUACUCAAAAAUGGCGAUUCCAUACAUCAUUGGGGACAUCGACAUGAACAUCCAGUACGUUUCUGUUCUCUCGUACUCGUUACCAUCAUGAAUCACAGUUCUCAUUCAGUAAGAGGUGUAUCCUGCGUACAUAGAUACUUAUGUACGCGCGUGAUUUGCCGCUCAUUUGACUAUCGAUCAUUACCUCCCGUUUCGGUGCUCGAUCUGCCAAUGAACGUAAUUGCGGAGACAGAUGAUUUACUGGUAGUCGACAAACCUCCCUCACUGCCUGUACAUGCCUGUGGUCAGUAUGCUGUGCACACUGUGUUGGGUCAGCUGCGAGUCAACCACAAUCGGACAGGGUUGAGAGGUACAGUUUUUCGCCAUUGUCCUUAAGC